CCCCACUGCCCACCUCCCAUUUAAGCAAAAGUCAUGUCUUAAAUUUUAUCUGUUCUUUGGGCCACUCCUUACCAAGUUGCUUAUCUUGUAGCAUGGAAGUAUGACUUUUCUUGAGUCGUCCUUGAUGGUGAAUUAUCCUACUUUUUGCUAUGUAAUUUCCUUGAAUCUGGAAGCUACAAAUUGAUCUAUGACUCAAUUAAGAAGCUAGAAUUACAUUCUUGCAGAUAGAGAUUUCAGUCACAAACCAAGAUUAUGUCCUCUCCUAGUCGUAAGGAUGAAAAAUUCCCAUCGUUAACAUCAACACCACAAUGUCUUCGAUUUUCUCUUGCAGAGAUUCAAUCUGCAACAAAAGACUUCGAUGAUGAACUGGUGAUUGGUCAUGGAGGAUUCGGAAAGGUGUACAGAGGUAGUACUUGUAUUGAAGAAACAAGUCAUGUUGUUGCCAUCAAACGGUUGGAUUCUACAUCUGAGCAGGGAGCACCUGAGUUUAGGGCCGAAAUCGAGAUGCUUUCUAAGCUACGGCACUGUCACUUGGUCUCUCUAAUCGGUUUUUGUGAUGAUAACAAGGAGAUGAUUUUAGUUUAUGCAUAUAUGCCAAAUGGAACCCUCUAUCAUCAUCUACAAAGAGCUGAAACUCCUUUAAAUUGGGUUCAACGACUUAGGAUAGCCAUAGGUGCUGGUCGUGGGUUGGACUACCUUCACACAGGUUUUGGAACUCAACAAGGAGUCAUUCAUCGUGAUGUGAAGACUUCAAACAUUCUUUUGGAUGAGAAUUGGGAAGCUAUGAUUUCUGAUUUCGGGCUGUCCAAAAUAGGCCCAACCAACGAAUCAAUGUCAUAUGUUGACGCAAGUGUUAAAGGCACAUUUGGUUAUCUGGAUCCAGAGUAUUUCUACACAAGAAAGCUGACAAGGCAAACUGAUGUGUAUGCAUUUGGGGUUGUAUUGUUUGAAUUGCUAUCAGGGAGGCUUCCAGUAGACGAACGCUAUGGCGAGGAGCAAUGUAGUUUGGUAAGGUGGGCUCAAAAAUGCGUGAAAGAACAAAAAUUUGAUCAAAUGGUUGAUUCUAAAAUCAAAGGAACAAUUUUGCCCAAAUGUUUAAGACAGUUCGCUCAAAUUGCAGAUAGUUGUUUGCGUAAUGUUCUAAAAGAACGCCCUACCAUGGCUAAGAUUGUUGUUUCACUUCAGGCUUUACUUGAACUACAACAGAGAUAUGACAGUUCUACUGAGCCAUCAAGUAGAACUGGAUUAACUUGGAAGAUUCAUAAGUAUCUUGUUUCUGUGACUAAACUAAAUGCUGACCAAAAUGGCACCAGUUCAUCAAAGAGCCCUGAAAACAACAUGAAUCCCCUCUCUUCAACCAACAAAGAUGGAAAGGACCAGGGUGAAGUGCCUCUUCAGUUUGAGGAAUUAGUGGCUAAAGAUCUAAAAUCAUUCACGUAUAACAAAUUGCGCUACUUUGGAAAUAGCACACAGUUGGAUUACUAUGUGUAUGUUUACAGAGGUUGGAUCAAUAAACAAGCGCAUUUCCCCUCUGAAGAUAAUACUAGAUUGCCAGUUGCAGUCAAGAGACUUGACCACUUUAAAUGUGUAGACCGGUUGGAUUUGGAAAUGUUGAAAGAAUUUACUCAUCCCAACCUUGAAAAGCUCAUAGGAUAUUGCUUGCAAGGCAAACAGCUCUUCCUAGUGUAUGAAUUCAUGCCUAAUGGAAACUUUGAGGAUCUCCUGGAUAGCGGAGGUUUAGCACAACUUCCCUUGGUUACAAAGAUGAAAAUAGCAGUAGGAAUCGCUCGAGGGAUUGUUUUCUUGAACGAAACACAAUAUGUUGUUGGAAUUAAUAAGACAAAUCUUUACAGAAGUAGGAUAUUGUUGGAUGAGGAUUUUACAGCAAAGCUUUCAGGUUAUGAUGUUACUAAGUUGAUACAUGGUCACUAUCCAGAAAGUUGGACUCAGGAUACUCUUCCUAGCGGUGACGACUAUUAUCCUGGGCGCGAGCCCUUGGAAUUAGAGACCAAUUGCGAGGGUUUUGCUGUGGUAUUUGCGGAGUUGCUAACAGGGAAAUAUUGCGGUAAUAGUAUUGCAUAUGCAGAGAUUUGUAAUCAAUCGUUUUACCAACAUGGAAAAUUUUCUUUGGGAGAUAUUGCAUUCAAAUGUUUUGAAAACUGCAAUAAGGUGGAUGCAGAAUCAUGGAUGCUAAGAAUCUUGGAGAAGAAUGCUAAGCGGAACCUGAACCGGUCCAAACAUAUAUUGGCCGGGGGGAGUGAAACAAUUGCCCCUCAAAGACGUAAUUAUUCAUAAAAACCACUAAAUUAUUAUAAUGUUUAUUCAAAUGAUCAUAAUGCUAUGUCAAAUUAGUAUCAUGAUCAUUCGAAUUAUGAUCAAGCUCAUUCAUGCCCAUUUGACACAUUAGAGUUACUCAAUGCUUUAAUAAAUUUAUCCAUGGCUCCCUUUUAGGAUUGCA